GAGUGCGCGGAAGAAGUCCCGGAGCAAAGAGACUUGCCUGUUCGGGUGACCUGGGAGGUGACGUCAAUGACCAAUCCGCGCGCCCACUGUGCCAUCCGCUCCCCCCGCUGUACAGCUUAUAACCAGCGUCGCCCUUCUCGCUUUCCCCCAUUACAACCAUCUCUGCAUCUUUAUCUGCACUUCACUCUUAUCAUUUCGAAGAACUACACGUCGUCCAGCAUGAGUCUCCUGCAAGACGUCCUCCGCACCCAAACUAUCGAUCAGAACGGGAACACGUUCUCGAUCACGGAACGUCUGCAGACGCAGCGUUCAGACCAAGAGAGCGACGAUGAGAUAGUCGGCGUGGUCUCUGCGCCUGGCACUCGCCCCGCGUCGCGAACUCCUUCACGUCCAUCGUCCCCGGGCCCUCGGAGCGCUGCUCGUCGGCCGUACCAGGCGGUGUCUUUGUCGACGACAUUGCCGAGUGACCCUCUAAGGGCGCUCCCGACGGACCUUUCCCAGCGCAUCUUCGCGCAGCUGUCGAUCAGGGACCUCGCGCGCUGCUCGCGGGUAUCCAAGAAGUGGAAUAGGAGUCAGACACUGAACUAUGUCUGGUUCCAGCAUUAUCGCAAGGAGAACUUCCACGACGAUAGUUUGCCGCCUGGCAAGUGGACGAAGCGCGAAUCGAAGCAGAACUGGCGGACAACCUACCUCCAGACAGUUGCCUCUCGCGAUUCCGACACGCUUGGGCCCGUCUACCACUCGUACUCCGGCCGGUCCACCCCAGGGGGUUCCGGCGCGCAGACGCCACGCGAGCUGCGCGAAGACAAGUGGCGCUCGGAGACCGAGGGUGAGGCACGUCCGUCGAAGAAUGAGAUGCGCGAGAUGUACAAGGAGCUGAAGGGCCGGAAGGCCAAGAGCAAGUUCAAUGUCGGCGCUGGCGCCGGCGUGCGUGAUAGGGGUGGAUGGGCAGAAGGUGGUGAGGAAGGCCUGUACGAGUAGGAGCCUGUACGUGUAGAACGCGUGCUCUGGCUCAUGUACGAUGCGGAACUGGUAUAUAUACAUAUGUACACAUACAAGAUCAACUGUGUCUUUGUGUGGGUGCCGCCGGACAGAAUACUUGAGAAUCACC